CGAUGGUUCUAGAAUGAAUUGAUCGGAUCUCCUUGUAGCCGAUGGCCUCCUCCUAUGAUUAUAUACCUUACCCAGCACGUAAAUCAACCACGCAAGCUCACGACCGUAUUCACUCAAUCCUGGCAAUCCGGCGUAUACACAGAGGGUAAAUCCACUCCGCGGGGGUGCUAUAAGUCAAUACACUACGUGGUGACUGAACACUGCACGCAACUCGACUCUCUCCACCAUGGCGAAGUCAACAUCAGUCAAGCGAACCCUCGCUUUACUCCCGCUUCCACGGGAUCUCGUUCUCCUCCCUGGAGUAACACUCCGCAUUCCCGUCUCCAACCGACCCGAUAUCGCAGCCCUUCUCGCGACUAUUUACAGCAAAGCGUCUGACCAGUCCCGGGCUGAAUCUCCGGUGACGAUUGGCUGCGUGCCGUUGGCGAGUCCAUAUUUGAGCAAGGAUGGAAAACAGUUGAUCGAUGAUGGCAAAGAGCAGGGCGAUGCGGACAAGCAAGUCAAGGCAAGAGUGGGGCUCACCGAUCCCUCCAAAGCUGGCGAUGCAGACCUGUUUAGCGUUGGAGUGCUUGGACGGGUUAACGGUGUCCAAGGGAGACGAGCAGGCGACCUGGCGUUAAUAGUUGAGGGUAUGGAACGGUUCCAGAUCGAGAAGUUUACCCAACAGAAGCCGUACAUGGAGGCUGUGGUGACUAUCCAGCCGGAUCAACCGGUAAACCCUCAAGACGCCCACAUCGAAGCCCUCUUCUCGGAGUUGAAACAAUCGUCGAGACAGCUUCUAGCUCUUGUCCGCCUUUCCGCCCUGCUUCCCCGAGGAGCAUCGACAGCGAUCUCGCCUAUACUUGCACGACGGCUAGAAAUAUUCAUCGGACGAAAGGAAAUCGACGACGCCGGUGCCCUUGCCGAUUUCAUGGCUAAUGUUGUCGAAUGCACACAUGAAGAGAAACUUUUGGUUCUGGCUGCCCUCCCUGUCAAUGAUCGCGUGGAACGGGUUGUCGAUAUCUUGCGCAAGCACAUAAAUACCAUGCAAGGCAACGGUCGGAUGAUGACUAUUUCAUCUAGCAACAACAUCAACGGAAUUGAUUCGGACAAAUUAAAGCGCCUGCAGAACGAUGCCAUUGCUCGGCGAGGGAACGGCGGAAGAGGCUUUCCACCCGGAUUUCCUGGUGGUGGCGGGCAAGCUGAAGAGGAUACAAACGAGCUUGAUGAGCUGAAGAAACGCAUAGACGAGGCCGGACUUACACCGGAAGCGGAGAAGGUUGCCCAGCGCGAGCUCCAACGGUUGCAGAAGAUGAACCCUGCUCAAGCGGAGUACCAAGUCUGCCGAAACUACCUUGAGAACCUCGCGGAGAUCCCAUGGAGCAAGAUGACCGAGGAUCAUUUCGAUAGGGAAACCCUGCGACGUGCAAGGCAGCAGUUGGAUGACGAUCACUAUGGCUUGGAGAAGAUCAAGAAACGGCUCCUGGAAUAUCUGGCGGUCUUGAAACUGAAGCAAUCCGUCAAUGCCGACUUGGAGACGCAAAUCAAAAUGUUAACAGAACAAGCAAAAGAGGCAACGCAAGACAACAAGGCGAGUGCGGAUACGGCUCCUCGGAACGAAGACCAGCUUCAGAUCCUCAAGACGAAGCGAAUGGUCGACAAGUCCCCGAUUUUGCUACUAGUUGGUCCUCCAGGUACCGGCAAAACUAGCUUAGCAAAAUCGGUUGCUACUGCUCUUGGAAGGAAAUUCCAUCGCAUCUCCCUUGGCGGUGUGAGAGACGAAGCUGAGAUCCGUGGCCAUCGGCGCACUUACGUUGCCGCCAUGCCUGGAUUGAUUGUCAGCGGAUUGAAGAAAGUCGCCGUCACUAAUCCUGUCAUCCUUUUGGAUGAAAUCGACAAGAUCGGCACCAGCAACUUCCAUGGUGACCCCUCUGCCGCGAUGCUUGAGGUGCUUGACCCGGAGCAGAAUCAUACUUUUGUUGACCACUACGUCAACAUCCCCAUCGAUCUCUCGAAAGUUCUCUUUAUCGCCACUGCGAACUCUCUAGACACAAUUCCACCUCCUCUGUUGGAUAGAAUGGAGAUGAUCAGUCUUCCAGGAUACACAACCUUGGAGAAGAGGCACAUCGCAACCCGCCAUCUCCUCCCUAAGCAGAUCACAACGAAUGGUCUGGAGUCAAGCCGCGUGGAGUUGUCGGACGAUGUUAUCGACAAGAUCAUCACCUCUUACACUCGCGAGAGUGGGGUUCGGAACCUUGAGCGCGAGCUCGGCAGCGUUUGCCGGUCUAAAGCGGUCGAGUUUGCGGACGCCAAGGACUCGGCCGCGCUCGAGAAAUAUAACCCCAAGGUAAUGGUCGACGAUUUGGAGAACAUCCUAGGCAUCGAGCGCUUCGACGAGGAGAUCGCAGAAAAGUCCUCCCGCCCGGGCGUCGUCACCGGACUCGUUGCCUACUCCACCGGCGGCCAGGGCAGCAUCCUCUUCAUCGAAGUGGCCGACAUGCCCGGCACCGGCCGCGUCCAGCUAACCGGAACCCUGGGCGACGUCCUCAAAGAGAGCGUCGAAGUCGCCCUGACGUGGGUGAAGGCCCACGCGUACGAGCUCGCCCUCACCCACGAUCCGGACCAGGACAUCAUGAAGAACCGGUCGAUCCACGUGCAUUGCCCUGCGGGCGCGACGCCGAAAGAUGGGCCGUCGGCCGGCCUCGCGCACACGAUCGCGCUGAUCAGCCUGUUCUCGGGGAAGAGUGUGCCGCCGACAAUGGCGAUGACGGGCGAGGUCAGUCUCCGCGGCAAGGUGACGCCCGUCGGCGGGAUCAAGGAGAAGUUGAUCGGUGCGCUGCGGGCCGGGGUGCAUACGGUGAUGCUGCCGAGGGGAAAUCGCAAGGAUGUAAAGGACUUGCCGGAGGAGGUCAAGAAUGGCUUAAAGAUUCAUCAUGUUGAGCAUAUUUGGGAAGCACUCCGUUACGUCUGGCCUGACUCACAUUGGCCCGGUGAGCGGCAUUGGAGUGGAGUUGAGCCGCGACUCUAGUUCUCUUGCACAGUUGUUCCCAACUCCCUGUUCUAUUUGAUGAUAUAAUGCAUAAGCGUGGCCAAUGGUAUUGUGUACAUAACUCGAAUCUAUCUUCAUGAAUAUAUUGUGUAUUAAUAAACAGCUGGACACUAUUAUUGAUGUUGCUGUUAUGGUCCCAGGCCUGUGGCCUAGGACCUUGAGUAUGGCUGACGCCACAGAGAUGUGGCUAGUGGAUUGCAUAGAGGAUUAUCGAGGAGAUAGUCAUAUGGGAGUUGUAUGUUAGGACGGUCAUGAGGGAGCUGUGUUAGGACAGCAGAGAGGAUAUCUCGCGCGCAGAGGCGCUGGGAGAUUUCUUCCAUUUCUCUCUCUUCAGUUUGGAUCAAUGAAACUUGGUAAUCGCAGAUCUUGCGCAUCCAGACCGUGUCAGUUGCAACGAUUAUACAAC